AUGCACGCAUUCAUACACCGGCACGCUGUAACACGUGCUCUUAUUUUGAAAAAAGCAAACCGGACGUUGUACAACAAGGCAGCGAGUUGAAGCAUCUUAUUGAAAACCGGCUCAGUAUUUGUGUCUGGAGUGUUAACAAAAUGCAGCAACGAGAGGAGAAACAGCUGGAGGCGUCCGUUGAGUCUCUGAUUUCUCGGGUGGCUCACGUCAAAAACUCCCUUCACAGUUUUAUUUACAAGCUGGAAAACGAGUAUGAACGCUUAACAUGGCCGUCUGUUUUGGACAACUUUGCUCUCCUGUCCGGUCAGCUUAACACGAUCAAUAAACUGCUGAGAAACGAGAAAACACCGUCUCUUCGCAACCAGGUGAUAAUACCGCUGCUUUUGUCUCCAGACCGAGAUGAGGAUUUAGCAAAACUAACAGAGCAGCGUGUCCCCGUGUUCAGCCAUGAGAUUGUCCCAGACCACCUGCGGACCAAGCCUGAUCCAGAGGUGGAGGAGCAGGAGAAGCAGCUAAGUACGGAGGCUGCACGUAUCGGCCCCGAGGUGGCACAGAAACAGAUUCAGACGUUGAAUAAAUUGUGUUCUAAUCUGCUGGAGAAGCUGAACAAUCCUCGCGAUGACAGAGAUGCAGAAAGUGCAGCAAUACGACAGAACAAACCGUCUUUCAACCCCGCUGACACCAAUGCACUGGUUGGAGCGGUUGCCUUUGGGAAGGGGCUUUCUAAAUGCAGGCCUCCGGGCCCAGUGGCCCCUGGACAUCCAGGACAGGGCGCCAUGAUUAGUGGAGGUCCAACCUUACAGCAAGUCACUAUCGGAGGUGGUUCAGGCCAGCAAGCUGGUAUGGGAGGACCUGUGGCUCCACAGCAACAAGGGCAGCCAGGAAAAAUGCCAAGCAGCAUCAAGACAAACAUAAAAUCUGCCUCUGGUUCCAUGCAUCCUUACAACCGAUGAGCUCCAAACUUGAGCCUGUAUUUACCUCUGAGAGACUGCCACACCUACAACAGUGGCAACAAUGUGACCUUUCUUUGCUGUUCUAUCAUGAUUGAAGAGCUGAAGUAGUUAUAUCCUCAAUUCUCUGUAAAGCUGUUUACAUGGCAAAUGUAUAAUAAAGUGUUCCAAUAUACUGUGAUAUUUUCAUAGUG